AGGGAGAGGCAGCAGCAGGAGGAGGAGGAGGAGGAGGAGGAGGAGGGCGGCCUCGGCGCUCAGGCUGCUUGCUGCGGGAGAGCCAAGGAUUAUGGCUGAGGAGGUCUCCGCCGCCGCCGUUGUCGCUGGUGCCGAGGCGGCUUUGCGUGGCAGGAGCUGAGGAGGAGGAGGAGGAGGAGGAGGCCGGCGUUUCCUUCCCCUUCCUCCCCAUCCAUCCCUCCCUCCAUCCGUCGCCCUCGUCGCCAUGGCCGAGCCUCCGGGCGGCAACGGGGCCGCCGUCUCCCCUCCCGCAGGACUGCCCCGCGAGGUCCGCGAGCAGCUGGCCGAGCUGGAGCUGGAGCUCUCCGAAGGGGUUGAACCAGGUGUGCAAAAGGAAUCUCGAAAUCAGACACCGGCUCCGUCUGCAGCUCCAGCUCCAUCUUCAUCUAAGUACCAUCGGGCACGUUCUGGGGGAGCCAGAGAUGAACGCUAUCGGUCUGUGAAUGAGAGCCAGCAAGGUGUAGUGGUUGGAAUAUGGGACUGUGAUUUGGAGCCCAGGAUUUGA